GAACGCAGUAGGAGGCAAGAGAGGAGAGAGACACACUGGAGUAGUGGAAGAAAGAGGCUGCUGAAUACCAGAUUUACCAGUCAGGGAGGGAGAGCAGAAAAUCAAGAGAGAAGACCUUUUAACAAUAGCAAUGCUGUCUGUCUGGAAUUUCUUGAAGCGUCAUAAGAAAAAAUUCCUCUUCUUUGGUGCAUUUGCAGGAGGUGUUUAUAUUCUGGGGAAGUAUGCGCAGAAGAAAAUUAGAGAAAUCCAGGAGAGAGAAGCUGCUGAGUACAUUGCUCAGGCACGGAGGCAGUAUCAUUUUGAAAGCAACCAGAGAACAUGCAACAUGACAGUUUUAUCAAUGCUCCCUGCUUUGAAGGAAGCUUUAAUGCAACAACUGAAUUCGGAGAGCCUAACAAGUCUUCUGAAAAGCAGACCAACAAACAAGAUAGAAAUUUGGGAAGAUUUAAAGGUUAUGAGUUUCACCAGGAGUAUAGGAGCAGUUUAUAGCACAUGUAUGCUGGUUGUUCUGCUUCGUGUUCAGCUAAAUAUUAUCGGUGGAUACAUCUAUCUGGACAACUCAUCAGGAGGAAAACCCUGUAAUGGUCUCCAAGCAUCUCCAGAGGUGCAACAACAGUAUUUGUCUAGCAUUCAACACCUCCUAGGAGAUGGCCUGACAGAACUGAUAACAAUAGUGAAACAAGCAGUGCAGAAGGUGCUUGGCAGCUUAUCUCUGAAGCACUCUCUCUCUCUCAUGGAUUUGGAGCAACAUAUCAAAGAAAUACGAAGGUUGGUGGAAGAAUACGGUGAAACACCAACUGUAAAGGCAUCUCAAAGCAAGUCAAUGUUGUGUCAAUUUAUGAUGGCAGAUGAAGAGAACCCAUUAACAGCUCAGGCAUGUGGACUGACAGAAAAAGAUGUCAUCACAAUACGGCUACUAAAUGAAACCAGGGACAUGUUAGAAAGUCAGGAUUUUAGCACAGUGCUGAAUUCAUGCUUAAGUCGAGGCUUCGGGAGGCUUCUUGACAGCAUCGCUGAGUUCUUUCGACCUAAUGACCAAGAGCUUACCCAGCAUAGUCCAGCAGACAGCCUUUCUACCAUUAGUCUUCCUCUGGCCAAAGUUAUUCCAAUUGUCAACGGACAGAUCCACUCAAUAUGUAGCGAGAUGCCCAAUCACUUUGUGCAGGAACUACUACUCAUGGAACAAGUGAAGGACUUUGCUGCUAAUGUGUAUGAGGCUUUCAGCACACCCCAGCAACUAGAGAAGUAGUGUCACUCCACUGGGCACCAAUGUGCCAGACCUCUCCUCAGAAUCCAGAGGAACACUAAUGUUUACAGAUUGUGCAUACCAUUCCUUUUUAAUUAAAGUAAGGUAAAAUGACUGCAUCCUGACCAGAAGAAUGGAUACUUUGCCUACGUGACAAUGGACAGCAAUUUUUACAUUCAGUCAGUGCAGAAUCAAACGUCUGUUUUAUAUAUUCCAUCAUGUUAUUUGCUGCAGGUUUGUGAGAAGUAUUCGACAUAUAAGUCUUUAAUUAUUAGUUUAGGUAAUUUAUUAAUCUGCAUUUUCAUAUAAGUGAGUCAGUAAAGUUAUAAACAAAAUGAAUGUGGCAUGGCUAACACACUGUGUUCAAAUAAGACUCCUAACUCGCCUUAAUAGCCAAUUGUUGUAACCAGCAUAUUGCUGCACUGUAAAAUAUUUUAAUAUUGCUAAACCUAUUGAUAAUAAAAAUAAGAUUUUAUUGAUGAA